AUGGCAGCAGCCUUUGUGCCCGGCAUCACCCUCUCCGGCGCCUUCUUCGCCGAGGCCGUGCGACCCAUCCUCGCCGCCCACUUCCCCGACCUCUCCUACGGCGCGGCGCUCCUCGGCCCCGGCAGCGAGGUCCUCGGCUUCGACACGCCCAUGUCCGCGGACCACGACUGGGGCCUGCGCGUGUUCCUCUUCCUGCGCGACGACCUCGCCUUCGACACCAUCUCCGCGCGCAUCGCCAGCCUCCUCAGCCACCACCUCCCCCCGACCUUUUGGGGCCAGCCCGUCGCCAUCGCCACGCUGACCAGCACCUCCCGCGCGCGCCGCAUGGAGCGCGCCGCCGCCGCCGCCGCCGCCGCCAUGGACGGGCCCGUCCAGCACCACGUCGUGCCCACCACCGUCCGGCGCUUCUGCCUGCAGCAGCUUGGCGUCCCCUGCGACCAAGCGCUGUCGCCGACGCAGUGGCUCAGCAUCCCGACCCCCGCGCUGGCCGAGGUCCUCGCCGGCGCCGUGUACCGCGACGACGACACCGGGGAGCUGGCGGCGCUGCGCCGCCGGCUCGGAGCGGCGGUACGCGCCAUACGCCAAGUGGCUGGGCGCGGCGUUCAGUCAGCUCGCGUGCGCGGCGGAGCUGGAGCCGCUGCUGGCGCGGGCGGUGCUCGGGGGAGGGGGGUGGGAGGAGAGGCACGAGGCGCUGGGGAGGGCGUGUGA